CUCAGCGGUUCGGUUCACUAUAGUAAUAGAAAACAAACUACAAUCAUAGGAUCUUAGCCGUUAAUAGCCAGAUUAGCAAAUCCGACGGCUAUGGAUCCGUGAACUCCUAACGCUUCAUGAGUCAUGAGACCAAUCGGGUAUCGGCUAUCGCAUGCACGGUUCCUUUCUUCUCCGGAAUAAUUGCAAAUGACUAAAUAAUAAAGGGGGAGAGAUUUAAAGAAAUGACCACUUUGAAAGACCAUAAUCCCGAGUCAGAAUUAUCAGUCAGACUUAUAAUGGAUGAAGAAACAGAACGCCAAUCUGUUACAUUUUCAUAUUCAAAUUGGAUGUCAAACGUCAAGAAAUCGACACGAGAAGCUUACGAAUCAAGACCCCUUUCACAUUGGAUUCUCUUGAUUCUAAGCGGCGCGUCAAUGCUCAUAGCCUUCCCGGCUUCUAGUCUACUGUCUCGUCUUUACUUCUCCAAUGGUGGCAAAAGCAAAUGGAUCAUCUCUUGGGUUGCUGUGGCUGGAUGGCCAAUCACUUGUCUCAUCUUACUUCCCACAUACAUCUUUCGAAAGAUCAAACCCACACCUCUCAGCACAAAUCUUGUUCUUUCUUACAUCUUGCUCGGUUUCUUGAGUGCUGCAGAUAACCUCAUGUAUGCUUAUGCCUACGCUUACCUCCCUGCAUCGACUUCUUCUCUUCUGGCAUCUUCUUCGCUUGCGUUCUCUGCUUUGUUCGGCUAUCUCAUCGUGAAAAACCCUUUGAACCCUUCGGUUAUCAACUCCAUUGUGAUUAUAACCGCAGCUAUGGCUAUCAUAGCGCUGGAUUCAAGCUCUGAUCGGUACGAUUAUGUAAGCAACCGACAAUACUUUGCAGGUUUCUUUUGGGACAUAAUGGGAUCUGCGCUUCACGGUCUCAUUUUCGCCUUAUCGGAGCUUGUCUUUGUGAAACUGCUCGGAAGAAGGUUCUUCCACGUCGCUUUGGAGCAGCAAGUCAUGGUUUCGCUCGUGGCUUUUGCGUUCACCACUCUUGGGUUGGUUGUGAGCAAAGAUUUCCAAGGGAUGGCUCAAGAAGCCAAGAGUUUCAAAGGCGGCGAGUCUAUGUACAUCCAGGUUCUUGUCUGGAGCGCGGUCACGUUUCAGUUGGGUGUUCUUGGGGCCACUGCUGUCUUGUUUCUAGCAUCCACUGUCAUGGCAGGAGUCCUAAACGCCGUGAGAGUGCCCAUCACUAGCGUAGCUGCUGUCAUAUUGUUGCAUGAUCCCAUGAGCGGCUUCAAGAUUCUGUCUUUGCUUUUGACUUUUUGGGGAUUCAGCUCUUACAUAUACGGUAGCUCGAGCUCAAACUCAAGUACUCAAGCUACCUCUUCUUCCUAAUUUGCAGCAUUUGCCUCUGUUUCUAUUCAUUGAAGUAGAAUCUGUAAGUCUUUAUUCCUUAAUUGUGAUCAGAUACAGAUUCAUGUAAUAUAUGAUUAUGUUCCGGCUAAAGUCGGAACUAGUUUUAUAU